UGGUUAACAAAACCUAAGAAAAUAAAAAGAAAUGGCACUGCCACCGUGGUUUUCAUGGUCAAGGGAAAAAUAAGAUUGGUUGGAGUUUAAGGUCUCUCCUAACUAAGUCAGUUCUCACACGUUGUAGCUCUCUCUCUUUCUAUUUCAUGAUAGAAACACGACUUCUCCAGCCAGAUUCUCUUGUAUCAUUUAUGAGAUCAAGUAUUGUCUUACUAUCAAGAGGUCUUACUACUGCAUUGUUGAGGAUGGAUUCUGUUAAGCUUAAUCCUCUAGAUUGAUUUAUUCAUCGGUGCUGGCUUUUCUGAACUGGAAUACUUUCUGCAACUGCUUCUAAUUGGCCUGCACUGGGAGAAAAUGAUGGUGUUUAACCCCUAGAAGACUCAUACGCACAAAGAAACAAUUAUGGAGGAGGGAUCAUCAAAACCUUCAAAUUCAUUGUGGGACAAAAUUCGCAACUUGAAGCACAUUACUAUGGAAGGAUACAAAAGAAAGCCAAUCUCGCACUGGAUUCUUCUGGCUUUGAGCAUCGUGGCCAUGCUUGUGGCUUUUCCUGCAUCAAGCCUUCUCACACGGGUCUAUUAUUCGAAUGGGGGUGCAAGCAAGUGGAUUAUUUCAUGGGUGGCAGUUGCUGGGUGGCCUUUAACUGCUUUAAUUUUGUUUCCUUCUUACUUCUUUCUUGAUAAUUCUCCCACUCCUCUGACCUUCAAACUCCUUGUUUCUUAUAUUGUGCUGGGUUUCUUAAGUGCUGCGGACAAUCUCAUGUAUGCAUAUGCCUACGCAUACCUCCCAGCAUCAACUGCUGCUCUUCUGGCUUCAUCAUCCCUAGUGUUUUCUGCUCUAUGUGGAUAUUUUAUUGUGCACAACAAACUGAAUGCUUCCAUGGUAAAUGCUAUUGUCAUAAUUACUGCUGCCAUGGCAAUGAUUGCAUUAGAUUCGGAUUCAGACAGGUACGAUUAUGUUACUGAUCACCAAUAUACCAUGGGUUUUAUAUGGGAUAUUUUGGGAUCCGCUCUUCAUGGCCUCAUCUUUGCUCUCUCGGAGCUAGUUUUCGUUAAGUUGAUGGGAAGAAGAUCCUUCCAUGUUGUGUUGGAGCAGCAGGUCAUGGUUUCUUUCUUUGGUUUUGUAUUUACCACCAUUGGGGUUAUUUUAAACAACGAUUUUGAAGGGAUGGCAUCCGAGGCUAGAUCAUUCAAGGGAGGUAAAUCUUCAUAUAUCCUGGUUCUUGUAUGGGGUACCAUUACUUUUCAGCUGGGGGUAUUGGGAGGAACUGCUGUGCUUUAUUUGGCUUCCACUGUGAUGGCCGGUGUUCUCAAUGCAAUAAGGGUACCAAUCACAGCUAUUGCUGCUGUUAUUUUGCUACAUGAUCCCAUGAGUGGUUUCAAGAUUCUUUCCUUAUUAAUCACAUUUUGGGGAUUUACUUCUUACAUAUAUGGAAAUUCCUCAGCUAGUAGUGAAGAGUCCCCGUCAUAAUUUCAUGGUAAGCUCCCAUUGUAUCUUUUUGUUCUUUUUUGUUCUUGCUAUAUAGCCUAGAUUACGUCUCUGCACUACAUGUUGUAACGCUAUGUUAUUAUUUAUUUUUUUAUUAACAUGAGUGUUCGAGCUA